AUGAGAACUCGAAUAAGAAAUGGAACAUGUAGAUAUGUAUAUGUGAACAACAGAAAAGAGAAAACCAGUACAAUGCCAUGUACUAGACGUGCUUCUAUUGGAUCAGUAACAAAGAUGGUUCUUAUAGCUGCACUUCUAGCUAUGCAAAAUGUCUUUGGGUUUAUAGAAAUAGAAGAUGCUUCAGAGGUGCAAAAAGCAGUAGUAUGCAAAAUUGAAGGGGUGGACUAUAUACCUCGACCAGAUGGGUCUCUUAGCCCAAUCAUGCUAUAUUUAGGCAAAAAAUCUAAUGACAUUUGUUGCUACCGGGCUCUUUCUUCAAAUAUAAAUUCGCAUAUUAUUGUAUCAGACAAAGAAAACGAAGACAAACAUAAAAGAGAUACAGCCAAAGACACAGUGUAUGCAGAAAGUGCAUCUGGGGGCAAAUUGGAAGAAAGCACUGCAAGCCACUUUAGUGCAAUGACUAAUAUGAUUCCCUUCCGCUCGAAAACGUCAGAAAUUACUCUUCAAGAAGAUGAUAAAGACCUAUUUACUCUAUUUCUGAAUAGCGAUUUGGUAAAGAGCUAUGCUCAUAGAAUUGUCAUUGCGCUACUGCUGAAGGUAGAGGGAGUAAAUGUCCCGCUGUUUCUUGAGAAAGACAAAGACACAACCACAAAGCUCGUGUGGAGGUGGAGAGAUCAGAAAAAAGAGUUCUUUUCUAUUAACAUAUUAGACGCUGCGAAAGAGAUACUAAAAAGACGUGGCCAAGGAGAAGAAGAAAGCUCUGUCUACAAAAAAAACAUAGUAAAAACUAUUCAGUAUUUUAUUAGCGUAGAUGAAAAUAAAAUAGCCAAAAAGAAUCCAGUGGAAAGAGAGAACUUGCAUGAUAAAACAAAAUACUGGAAAGAUGAGUAUAUGAACAGUAGAAACUGGCUUAUACAAGUAUAUAUAUAUUGCUACAUCCGCACUAAAGAGGAUGCAAUUAAAUUUAACAAAGAGGUAUACGCGGUACUGAGCGAGUGUAUGCAACAGAAUCAGAAAAGUUUCUCAAUUGUGGAAAGCCAGGAGCAGAAGUUCUUUAAAAAAUGCUUUAUGCCUAAGAAUACAGAGUCAAAGGCACUUAGCUAUUGGGAAAAGUUAAAGAGUCUGAAUGAUAUUGAUAUAAACCCUGAGCCAGUUCAACUGCUUCCCUUUACAAACUCUAGACAUCUUCCUACUAGAAAAAUGGUAGAGAUAUCUAUUCAAGGGAAUUUACAUUUAAAGACAGAGGUGUUCGCAUCUGAUAUAGAGUCUGCGCUGCUUGGCCUAUUCUGCUGCUUUGUAUAUGAUUCAAAGGAGAAUAAAUACAAUCUUGACCAUAUGCCUUUGCUGAUGAAAGAGAUAAAAGAUCUUUUUCCUAUGCCAUUCAACAGUAAUAAGAGUUUUUCGGAUAAAGAAUGCGAACUGGCAAUAGAUUCAGAAUGCAUGCAUCCGGGAAAUAAAAUACCAAAAAAGAUCUGUGAAGAAUGGGCGAAAAUAAUUAGAAUAAUAGUAGAGAAUGAAGACACGAUAAGUUGCAAAACCAAUACAGAUGGCACUAGGGCGAUCAAGUCUGAUAUUUGUAAUUUUUUCAUUAUAUUUCUAAAACUUAUAAAUAGUUAUGAUUGUAGCAAUAAAAAAGUAAUAGAAGAUAUUAGAAAAGAUAUAAUGGGUAUAGGCAAGGAAAAAGACUUGAAAAAACAAAAGAUUUUAUAUAGCAAUUUUAAAGACAAAAUCCAAAGCUAUAUAUCAGAAUUGUUUUCAUUUUUUUCAAGAAACCACACAGCAAGUAAAGACAUAUACGAGUGGUAUGAAAAAACUCCUUCCAAUAUGAAAAAAGAAAAAUUAUUUGUAAAUUUCAUCCCAACUAUUAUUCAAGAAAACCACGCCGAGUAUUAUUUAAUUGGGACUUUGGAGAUAUACUAUGCAUACGAGAGACAGGCACAGCCCAUAAUCCUUCAGUUAACAACCUUAAAAAAAGCUUUUCUGGCGCUUGGCGAACCAAUUAUAAAACUCGAUAAAUCUAUAAAGAAGGAAAUAGACAACUUAAAGUUAACAAUAGGCGAGAUAGAGCAUGACACCUAUCCAGAAUAUAUUAUUUCGAUCUAUAUCCAGAGUAUAUGGGUGCAUAGCUCAGAUUAUAUAAUUAUAGACUCUCAUAUAAACAGAGACAAUGAACAUAUAUCGACAAAACCCGCAUCCUUUCAGCCAUGGUAUCAUAACAGUAUAUGUAUAGAUGAGCUGCUAAAUGGCAUGGAGAAACAAAUAUCAAGCCAUACGCAAACCAAGAAAUACAAUAUUUUCAAUGCACGGGUUGGGUAUAACCUGAUUGGAAAUAUGCAAUUACACACUAGAAGGCUUUUACUAUUCCUGAUUGUCUACAUAGGAUUAAAACACACUCCAUCCGAUAUAGCGUUGAUUAAUUCAUUUUAUACUAUUGCUAAUAACAAUAUUAAAAAGCGCAUGGCUGCUGUAGGGCUAGAUUAUAUGGAAAAGGUACUUGAAAAUCUUCUAAUAAUCAAUGCGGAUCUAGAUAUUGCAAAUGUAAUCGCAGCGUAUGCUCAGAUAUAUGGGGAUUGUAACCCAGAGUGCCUAUGCGUUCUAUUUAAAAGGUUGCUCUCGAAAGGCAUAGAUACAGAUAAGAUACUUAAAUACGUUAAUAAGUAUAGCACUAUUGUUGAAAAAGAGCCCUCCUUAAAAAAGAGUCUAUAG